GAGCCGAGUGGACCGGGUGACUGCUGACCGGAGCGGUCACUCUUGAGAAGGCGAUGUGGGGGCGGGGCGUGGGGGCCGGGGCGGGACCCGAGGGCCGGAAGCGGACGGAACCCGGGGUCCCGCAAUCGGUCAGCCAUGGACGAGGCUGAUCGGGAGCUCCUGCGGCGAGGCCGGGUACGCCUGGUGGGCGAGCUGCAAGUCGCCGAGCUCUGGGACGCUCUGCUGAGUCGAGAGCUCUUCACGCGAGACAUGAUCGAGGAUAUUCAGCGGGCAGGCUGUGGGUCUCGGCGGGAUCAGGCCAGGCAGCUGGUCACAGAUCUUGAGACCCGAGGGAGGCAGGCCCUUCCCCUCUUCAUCUCCUGCUUGGAGGACACAGGCCAAGACGCCCUGGCUUCAUUCUUACGCACCAGUCGGCAAGCAGCCAAGCAGGAUCCAGAGCCUGUUAAACCCCUACCUCACCUGGAACCUGUGGUCCUGGGACCAAUGGGAUUCAAACCAGAGGAACAGAAAGUAGGGAAGCUGGAGCCAUCACAGCCUGCCCCGGGACACCUCACGCCAGUGGUGCUGGGGCCCAAAGAGCUCUGGCCUGCUCGGCUCAGGCCAGAGGUUCUCAGACCAGAAACACCUAGGCCAGUGAACGUUGGCUCUGGCGGAGCUCAUGAUGCCUGUGCGCCAGAGACCAUCAGGGAACAUGCAGAUAUGGCGUAUGUCCUGGAUUCGGACCCCUGCGGCCAUUGCCUCAUCAUCAACAAUGUGAAUUUCUGCCCUUCCUCGGGGCUCAGCACACGCACUGGCUCCAACCUGGACUGUGAGAAGCUUCAGCACCGCUUCCGCCAGCUGCAUUUCAUGGUGGAGGUGAUGAAUGACCUGACUGCCAAGAAGAUGAUUGCAGCUCUGAUGGAGAUGGCGCACCAGGACCACCAUGCCCUGGACUGCUUUGUGGUGGUCAUCCUCUCUCAUGGCUGCCAGGCCAGCCACCUCCAGUUCCCAGGUGCUGUCUAUGGCACAGAUGGAUACCCUGUGUCCAUUGAGAAAAUUGUGAACAUCUUCAAUGGGACCAGCUGCCCCAGCCUGGGCGGAAAGCCGAAGUUGUUCUUCAUCCAGGCGUGCGGUGGCGAGCAGAAAGACCAUGGCUUUGAGGUGCCUCACACUUUCUCUAAAGGCAGGGCCUUCGACAGUGACUCUGAGCCAGAUGCUGUCCCAUACCAGGAAGGCCCAAUGACCUUCGACCAGCUGGAUGCAGUGUCAAGUUUGCCCACUCCCAGUGACAUCCUUGUGUCCUAUUCCACCUUCCCAGGUUUUGUCUCCUGGCGAGACAAGAAGAGUGGCUCCUGGUACAUUGAGACCUUGGACAGCGUCCUGGAGCAGUGGGCUCGCUCUGAAGAUCUGCUGUCCCUCCUUCUCAGGGUAUCCAAUGCUGUUUCUGAGAAAGGAAUUUAUAAGCAGAUUCCUGGCUGUUUUAACUUUCUCCGGAAAAAACUCUUUUUUAAAACUUAAUGAGGCUGGGGCCUGCUCACUGCCUCAUUAUUGUCCUGAAACCUUCAUGGCCUGGAGGUGGCUGAAGCCAGGACUGUCCUGCAAAGCAAGGAGUUUGUAACUGAAGCAGGCUGCUCUCCCCAUCAGGCUCCCAGCGGCUGCCGGCUCAGAGAGUGAUGCAGUGUGGGAGGACAGGGACAGAGAGCUGGGACGCCACCUGGCCUCUUCAUCUGUGGCCUGUAGCCUGUGACACCCAGGUCCUCUCUGGAACAGGGCUUCUCCACUGCUGCACUGCUCACAUGCGGGCUGGUGUAAUCCUGUCUCGGGACUGUCCUGUGUGUUCUGAGCCAUCUCUGGUCUCUGCCGGCCAGGAGCACCCCUCCUGAGUUCAGCCAGCCAGAAAUACCUUCAGAUGCUGUCACACAUGCCCUGGGGACAUAACAGCCUUCACUGGAGAACUCGUCCACAGCGUGGCGGCAUCUCUCCUUCCCAGACCCACAGUUCAGCUGGCCCUGAGUGUCUCACUGCAGCUUCCAGAAGGCUUAAUUCUUCCUUUUGCACAUUGCUUAUACUUAAAAAAUAAACCUUAGGCAAAAGGAGUGUCGUCCCUACCCCCACUCUGUUCUUUCUCACAAAGGAGACUUGCUUUUUUCUCAUUUCUCUGUGUCUUCUAAGAUCCCUGCCUGAGCCCAGGAGGUGACUGAGGUGGGGGCCAGGAGUCCCCACAGAUCAAGGUUACCCCGCUGGAGACACCCGGACAGAGCUCCGCUGUUCCGAGUCUCCCAGUGUCUGUCUUGCCAGGGGAACCUGGUCCCCAGAUGGCAGUGACCUUGCAAUAGGAAGUGCUGGACAGCAGGAGGUGCUGUCUCCAGGUCUUUUAAGCUGUCCUGAUUUUCACUUAUUUUUCUGAUUUCAUCUUUGCUCUGUGAACAUCCACUUGAGCUUAGAUGGUAGGAGUGCCAAGCCUUGUUUGUCUGUAUUUGAGCUGGGUUCUAACUCUGUAGCCCAGGCUGGCCUCAAAAUCUCCAUCCUUGCUGCCUCCUGAGCACUGGAAUUACAGCAUGUACCACCACCCCAGGCUCCUCCACGGGCCUCAUUUUCAGGGCCCUGAGGUUAGGGUGUCUGGUUAAUAAGAGACUCAUACCAGGAUGUGAUUCAUAUAGUCAUUUUAUUUCUGUUUUCCUUCGGUGACUCCAAGAUGACAGCUCCAAAGACAUCUUUGGUUAGUUUCUUGCCAUCACCUGCGGGACACACGGGAGACAGUGGCUCUCAGGGAGAAAGGGGUGUGGGCACAGCUUUCCCUUCCUGUAAACGGGGGUCUUAGCCCAGAAUCCUGCUUGGGCUUCAAGCCAAGAGGCCAUGAAUUGCUGAUAAUUACAUGCAAAAUGUACAGGUGAGUGUGGCAUUUGAUGUAAUUUCUUUUUUUUUUUGUUUUUGAGAAAGGUUCUCGCUCUGUAACUCUAUCUGUUCUGGGACUCAUUAUGUAGACCAGACUGGCCUUGAACACACAGAGAUCUGCCUGCCUUUGCCUUCUGAGUGCUAGGAUUAAAAGUCACUAUUCUGGGCUAAUUUGUUUCUUAAAAUGACUAUUUGAGGGACUAACGUUGUAUAUUGGUAGGGACUGAUAACUGUCACUUUUUUUUUCUUCAUAGAAGUCUUUUUUUUUUGUGUUUUUUUUUUUUUUAAGAUUUAUAUAUUAUUUAUACAGUACUCUGCCUGCAUGUGUGUCUGCAGGCCAGAAGAGGGCACCCAAUCUCAUUACAGAUGAUUGUGAGCUACCAUGUGGUUGCUGGUAAUUGAACUCAAGACUUUUGGAAGAGCAGCAGCCAGUGCUCUCAACCUCUGAGCCAUCUCUCCAGCCCCUGUCCCUUACUUUUCAAGGCCAGUUAGCAGGAUCAGGUUCUUUUUGGGGUGUGUCUGGUUUGGUUUUGGUUGCUGGGAUGGGACACACUCUCUACCUGCUCUUACACAAUUGCUCUUGGUCUUUUUUUUUUUUUUUUUACACAGGGGUGGGGGUUUCUCAUAGUCCAGGAUGGCCUCAUUGCUGCUCUGCAGCCAAGGAUGACCUUGAAUUCCUGAGCCUCCCACCUGCGCCUGUGCCGGGAUUCCCUGUGAGUUACACACACAGGCCCUAUCAGCCAGCUGUGCUGCUGGUGUCUGUAGCACAAGCACAGAUCGGAGUACAAGAACCGCGCCCCAGGUCGCUCACUAAAGCAGUGUAGGCCUUAAACACAACCUGAUUAACCCCUCAUGUUUGUGUCGCAGACCCCUCACAGCAGCUCAGGACUGCGGGACAUCUCAGUGCAUUAAACAAGUAAAAUGUGACUGGCUUCUGGUUGGAGGCUGUUCUUUGUUUUGAGACAGGAACUCACUAUGUAGCCCAGGUUGGCCUUUAAUUUAUAAUUCUUUUUCCUCCGCCUACGUGUUUUUAUUAUAGAUGUGGUACCACCAUGCUUGGCUACAUUUGGAUGGUUUUGUUUGUUUGAGACAGUCUUAUAUGUAGCCCAGGCUGGCCUCAAAACAGUCCUCCUGCCCCUGGUUUCCACACACUGGGCAUUGCAUGCCUACACCACCAUGUCUGGCAAUGUAGGAUUAUUUUUUGUUGUUUUGUAUUUUUGUCUUACAUGCACACAAGGCCCAGAAGAGCACAUAGCAUGUAAUUAACAGGGAUUACCUCUGUAGAGUGGGAACAAAGGUUAGAGCGAGGGGCUCUUCAUUGCUUGCUUGAUAGAUUCCUAUAUUCCUUUUAUAAGAAAUAUGUUUAAUAAAUGUAUUCCCUUCCGAACAAAACAAUAAAGCUGUGAUUGCUGAAA